AUGGAUAUGCCCUUCUCCGAAUCCCAUUUUUGGUCCGAUUCAACAGUCACACUUGAAUGGUUGCGCUCACCUCCGUACACCUGGACAACAUUUGUUGCAAACAGAGUGUCCGAAAUACAAACAACCACCCAGGGAUCCCAUUGGCAUCAUGUUGCUGGUAAACAGAAUCCAGCGGACCUCGUCACGAGAGGAAUGACAGUGAAUAACUUUCUCGGCAGUGAUCUUUGGCACCAUGGACCAACGUGGCUAAAACUCCCCGAAGCAGAGUGGCCAGUGAUAUCCCAACAGCAGAAUACACCUGAAGACAUUCUAGAAAGGCUAAAGAUGGUGGCGGCGGUUCAAAACAGGCCUAGCACGAAUGCAUUUUUUGGCAUAUCGUCUUCGUACAGCCGUUUGAUUCGAUUGACAGCAUAUUGCCUGCGUUUCAUCAGAGCAUGUCGUCAUCAACUACCAAUCGAGUGCACAGGGAAAACGAAAAUUAUCACCGUGGACGAAAUGUCAACAGCUCGUUUAAAAUUAAUUAAGCUCGCCCAAGCAGACGUUUUUGUAGAGGAAAUGAAAGACCUGAAAAAGGGAAAUGUCGUAUCGAAACAUUCGCAUUUGCGCCUUUUGAAUCCAUUCAUUGACUCAGACGGAAUUCUCAGAGUAGGAGGCAGACUGAGACUCUCAGACCAGCCCUAUUUAACCAAACAUCCCAUUCUCCUUCCUAGUUCCCAUCCAUUUUCAAGGUUAGUUGCCCGUUAUUACCAUCUUAAACUACUGCACGGUGGCGGCCGCGCCACUCUCGCGGCCAUUCGGCAAGAAUAUUGGCCUAUUCAAGGACGCCGGAUGGUAAACAGCAUCAUGAGGAACUGCUUUCGAUGCGUUCGUGCCUCUCCCGUUCCCGCCAGGCAACACACUGGCCAGCUACCAAUUCAAAGAAUCACUCCAAGUCGUCCGUUUUCGGUCACCGGAGUUGACUACGCUGGCCCAGUGUACAUGAAGCCAAUUCACAAACGAGCAGCACCGACCAAGGCCUAUAUCAGCGUUUUCGUAUGCUUCGUAACUAAAGCCGUGCACAUCGAGCUUGUGAGCGACUUAUCCACCCCCGCAUUUCUUAAUGCACUACGAAGGUUCAUCGCUCGACGUGGCUGCCCCGGACACAUUCAUUCCGACAACGGAAAAAAUUUUGAAGGAGCGCGAAACGAGCUUCGCGAAUUAUUUAAGCUGCUGCAGAAGGAAAAAUCAUCCGGAGAAAUUGCCACUUACUGUGCGAACGAGGGAAUCAAGUGGCAUAUGAUUCCCCCGAAGGCCCCACAUUUCGGUGGAUUGUGGGAGGCUGCCGUGAAAAUCGCCAAGAAACACUUGCACAGACAUCUUGGUAACGCGAUGCUUUCGUUUGAAAAUAUGGCCACAGUUUUGGCAGAAAUAGAAGCAGCGAUGAACUCCCGGCCGUUGACACCGCUUUCAGAGGACCCAAACGACCUGGCCGCACUCACACCGGCCCACUUUCUCAUUGGCACUACGCUGUCAACUCUUCCAGACGCCGAUGUCAGCCAGAUUCCGAUCAGUCGACUGGAUCAAUAUCAACGCCUCCAACAUCGAGUACAACAGUUCUGGCAUCAAUGGAAAUACGAUUAUUUGCAAGAGCUCUAA